ACGACGUACUUUGUGGUCAUUGAAUGGAUGUAGUGAUAGUUUAUUACUCAUUUUGUCACGAAAAUUGAAGUUGUUCCUGAAAACAAAAGAAUUACAAAACUUUCGUUGUAUUCAUCAAACAAUCGAAAAAAAUUUAAACAUCCGAUCAAUCAGUCACAUACCUCUGUGAACACAUUUUCACAUAUUGAUCAUGAACACCAUAAUAAAUUCUAAUAAGAUCAUCUUUGAGAUGUCAAAAUGACAGAUUUUUGUGUCAAGAAUUGAAAAACAAUCAUAGAUCAUGCGUCAAUGAUCAUGGAACACUUGACAUUGGUAAUAUCGUGAAAGAUCGGUAAAGACAAUAAUAAUGAAAACCAUCUCCUUGACUGUGAAAGUUGAACCAACUGUAGAAAAUGAAGUGUGGAAAUGGAAAUGGUUUGGUUGUAUCCCAUUACUCCAUUCGGCAAAGAUCCAGCGCUCACGAUAAUAAAACUUGUAAAAUCGUUUUGUUCUUUGCAUCCGUUCCUCCAAUUGCCGCCGGUUGCAUAGAAAAACUCUGCACAUUGUUGAUCCCAUUUUUAUACAAUAAAAGUUUCCAGGCUGCAACAAGAGAAGCAAUCAAAGCCCCAAUUCAUUGUUUAGUAUAAUAAUCUUACUCCCCCUUUCUUCUCCCAAUUCCGGAAUCUACAGUGUUCUUUCUCUCCACAUGAAGCUUCGCCAUCGCCGAAGCUUUUUCGCCUCUACGGUCUUGCUCGCAAUCGUCUUCCUCCAUAUCUCCGACAACCCAGAUAGCGUUUCCGCUCAGGAAUCCGAUGGAAGUAGUUGCAUUCUCGACAUCCAACCCCCCGCUGACGAUACCAGCUGCGAUGGUGAUCGCCGGCGUCAGGCCGGCAACUGGGGAGGCUUCAUCGACGGCGGUGAUGAUUGCUGCACACCUGCUUUCGACGACUACUUGUUCGGAUUGGCCCGGUGGGCUUCUCAGUCGGGUCAGGUAUUCUUGAAUUCCACGGACCAGAGCCGCUGCCUGACCGGAACCAGCUGUGGCUUCGACAAGCUCACCCGCGGAGCUAGCGGCUGUUCAAGCUUUACAGUGGCUGAUGUUGCUGACAAGCUGAAACCCCAGCUGGAAUCACUUGAUCAGGGCUGCAAUUUCACCGAGGAUGCUUCCAGUCAGCACUGCAGCAGAUGUUCUGCGAAGUGGGAGGAGAUUCGGGAGUCGUUGGACCAUGGGUCGAGCUCUGAAACUGAGCUAUGCAGGUUUGCAGUUAUGGUCACAUUGACCAGCAACUGGGCUGGUUCGAGAGACCAAGUUCAGCCACUCUAUGACUGCCUUUCUCAAGCAGCUGGCAGCAAAGCGAGCCAAGGAGGGCGUCGAAUCGGUAGCAAGAUUAUCAGGGAAAUCCUGAUCGUGAGCCUUAGCGUUGGGGGAGUGGCAGCGAUCCUCGUGUUGCUGCUAUGGAUCAUGAGCAGAAGGAAGUCUCAGCAAACACGAUCACCGGCUGAAUCUGGUUCCUUGCGUACUGCAUCACAAAAAAAUCUGAACUUCAAGCAGCCUAACAAUCUCAAGAUAUCGAUAAAGGAGAUUUACUCGGCAACAAAUCAUCUCACUGAAUCAAACUUCAUCGGCCAAGGGAUAGCCGGAAAGGUUUACAAAGGGAAAUUGUCGGAUGGGCAAGCGGUUGCAGUGAAGCACAUAGUGAGUGAUGGCCAUGUAGAGACCUUUGUGAGAGAGGUCACCAGUCUUUCUCAUGUCAAACAUCCUAACCUCGUAGCUUUAACUGGAUGUUGCAAGCAUGAAGAUGAGUACUUCCUGGUUUACGAGCUCUGCGAAAAUGGCAAUUUAUCAGAAUGGCUCUACAGCAAAGAGCGGACCCUUUCGUGGCUACAGAGGAUUGAGAUUGCAAUUGACUGUGCUAGAGGUCUCUGGUUCCUUCACACUUACCCUGGAGGCUGCAUUGUUCAUCGCGAUAUCAAGCCCACCAACAUUCUUCUUGAUUCCAAUUUCCAAGCAAAGCUGUCGGAUUUCGGGCUUUCCAAGGUUAUGAACUUGGGACAGUCGUUUGUGAGUUCAGAAGUGCGGGGAACGUUUGGUUAUGUGGAUCCCGAGUAUCAGAGGAACCAUCAUGUCAAUGCUAAGGGGGAUGUCUAUAGUUUUGGGAUAGUGUUGAUGCAAAUUCUAUCUGGACAGAAGGUGAUCAACAUGAAUCAUAACACACAUAUGCAGCUCAACAAAAAGGCCUCGUACAUAGCCACAUCAGGGAAUAUCGCAGAAUUUGCUGAUCCUAAACUCAACGGGGAGUAUUCUACUGAAGCGUUUGAGAUUUUAUUCAAGCUGGCCCUGUCAUGCUCAGGUGGUAAGAAGGACAGACCAACAAUGGAGAUGGUGGUGACAAGAUUAGAGAAAGCACUUGACAUCUCUAUGAGAUCGUCGAGCUGAAGAAGCGUGAACACUCCCAAUCAAGCUAACCCAAAAGGCCUUGUUUAUAUCAAAUUCAAGAAAGUACUAGACUUCUCAAUGAGAUCGUCAAGAUGACUAAAGGGUGAACAAAUCCAAUCAAGCUGACCAGAAGGCCUUGCUUGUGUAUCAAAUAUGAAAAUCUGUAGUACAUCAUUACACUUCUACAACACUAAGUUACUACAGUAUCAUUUCAUAUACAACGCAGGAAAAGAAUUACAACAGAAUAGAUGUGUAUUUUUGUA